GAGGUUCUCCCAAACUGAACCAAUUCCCAGUGUUUUCUCAACGUUUCUCCUACUUGUGCUGUGCUUCCUCUUUCCUUUCCCUUUUGAGGCCAGCGCAGAGACAGGCUCUCCCCCCACAGAAAGGAGGGCAGCAGAUGGGCUUUGCCUUGUGCAGAUCCUCCUCCGGAACCAACAUCCUGGGUCCCAGAAACACCUCGAGAAGAAGGGAUCAUCAGCACCCACCCUGCAGCCCCUUGACACCGCUCCCAGCCGGUGCAGGCAGUGCCAUGGAGGGAGAGGCUGAGAACCAACGGAGGGUGCUGAACCUGGUGGCUGUGUUUGAAGAGCGCUGGGCCUGGAGGGACAAACGGGCUCCACGCAUCCAGCCCACUCCUGCAAGCAGCCAGUCCCAGCAGCGUCCAGCACCUCCAGCCAGGCAGAGCCUCUCCCAGGUGGAUACCGGGCCCCAAGCGGAGCGAGGGAGCAGUGAGCAGCAGCAGCAGCAGCAGGGGCAGCGCGGGCUCAGCUUCAAAUGCCUCCGUUCCUUCCGGCACAGGAUCCGAGAGGACAGCUGGAGGAGGCAGCAGGAGCCCGGCCUCAAACCGGGCAGCAAGGAGCCAGAGGAGAAGAAGAUCGCUCUGGAGCUGCUGGAGACAGAGCAGGCGUAUGUCAACCGCCUUCACCUUCUCGACCAGAUAUUCUAUACAGAGCUGAUGAAAGAAGCCAAAAAUGGGAAGACAGUCCCAGAGGAGGUGGUGAAAAUGAUUUUCUCCAACAUCUCCUCCAUCUACCAGUUCCACUCCAAGUUCUUCCUGCCAGAGCUGCAGAAGCGCAUGGAGGACUGGAGCUGCAACCCACGGAUAGGGGAUGUGAUCCAGAAGCUUGCUCCAUUCCUUAAGAUGUAUGGUGAAUAUGUCAAGAACUUUGACAAGGCCGUGGAGCUCAUCACUGUCUGGUCAGAGAAAUCACCACCCUUCCAGGAGCUCAUUGCUGACAUCCAGAAGAGGAAGAUCUCUGCUAACCUAACACUGCAGCACCACAUGCUGGAACCUGUGCAGAGGAUCCCACGCUACGAACUCCUCCUGAAGGAUUAUGUCCAAAAACUACCUCCUGAGUCCCCAGACCGGGAUGAUGCAGAGAAGGCCCUGCAGAUGAUUUUUAUGGUGGCCAAGCACUCAAACGCAGCUAUCGCAGAGAUGGAGCGGCUGCAGAACCUCUGGGUGGUCUAUCAGCGGCUGGGCCUCGAAGAUGACAUUGUGGAUCCCUCCAAUGAGCUGAUCAAGGAGGGCCCAAUCCAGAAGAUCUCCACCCGCAACAACAGCACAUCGGAGAAGUACCUGUUCCUGUUCAACAACAUGCUGCUGUACUGCGUGCCCAGAGUCAUCCAGGUGGGAGCUGAGUUCCAGGUCCACCUCCGCAUCAAUGUGGACAGCAUGAAGGUGCGGGAGCUGAGUGAUGCGCAGUUCCCAAACACAUUCCUGGUGUCGGGAAAGCAGCGGACGCUGGAGCUGCAGGCCAGGUCUGAGGAGGAGAUGAACACCUGGAUCAAGGCCUUCCAAGAUGCCAUUGACAGGAAGGAGAAGAGGAGUGAGACCUUUAAGACAGCAGUGCAUGGGCUGGAGAUGGGCACCCCUGCACUGAAGACAGAGGAGCUGGGCUGCCGUGCUCCGCAGUGGGUGCGGGACAACCUGGUGACCAUGUGCAUGCGCUGCAGGGAGCCCUUCAACACCAUCGUGCGCCGCAGGCACCACUGUCGAGCCUGUGGAUACGUGGUGUGUGCUCGCUGCUCUGACUACAGGGCCCAGCUACAGUACGAUGGGAACCGCCUGAACCGCGUGUGCCAGGAGUGUUACCUGUUCCUCAAUGGCCACAUGGUGCUUGAGGACCAGGAGGGGAAGCCCAAAGGCAUCUUGGAGAAGGAAGCUGCAGAGGCUUCAGGCCGGAGUUUGCUCUGCAGUUCCCUGCAGAUGCUGGACAAGAGUGGCAAAGGAGGCACCCGGGGCUGGUUUGUGAUCCCGCAGGAUGAUCCCCUCGUGCUGUACAUCUACGCAGCCCCCCAGGAUGUGCGAGCCCACACCUCCAUCCCGCUGCUGGGAUCCCGGCUCAGGGACCUGCCGCAGGAGAAUUCCCAGCACCUUUUCCAGCUGGUGCAGUCCGGGCAGGUCCACACCUUCCUGGCUGACACUGAGGAGCUCAAGCGGUGCUGGAUGAGGGUCAUGGCGCGCUGCGCCGCGGGGAUCACGCACCCCGAGGAGGAAGAGGAGGAUGCAGAGUCCUACAGUGAAGCAAAAUAAGGCCCAGCUCCAGGUGGGUCAGACCUCCCCUUUCCCAUCCUGCUCAUCCGGCCAUCAGGCAGAUCCCGACCUCUCUGCGUUUUGGUUUUCCCGCACAGAAAGGACAAGGUGGAGACACGUUUGCCACCGCACUGACGAGCUGCAUCCUCCUUCCCCUCUCUCCGCACUGGACAGGGAGGAUGGAGAUACCCGAGCCCGGCUUGGGGGAGCCUCAGCCCGCUCUGCCGCCGGCUGCCGCCCGAGGGCAGCAGCGCCUCAGCCUUCCUCCCCGGCUGAGGAUGGUGCAGGGGGAUGCCCGGUUGUGUGAAAGCGUCUGUGGAGCUGAGCCCGCUGUGAUAAACCCGACCUGCAGCCCCC